AAUCAUCAGAUGUUGAAUGUUGUUUUCUUUUGAGGGACAGGCCGCUUGAGUGCACGACACAGUUAAUUUAUUAGUAUUUUAAUAGUUCAUUGGGCCCUCCGCCAAAAAAUGGGCCGCUCAAGAAGCAAGAGCAGAUCUCCACGCAGACAUCACAAAACAAAACAUUCAAGAAAGCGGUCAAAAAGUCGAGAAAGACACAAACACAAGCGAAGAAAGAGGAGAUCGGCUUCGACGUCUUCGUCCAGUAGCUCUUCCUCAGUCACUGGCGGAGUCGAAUACAGGCGCAAAAUGAACGAAGUUGAGCGACUAGCAGAAAUGGAGCGCCAAAGACGACAGAGGGAAAUCGAGGCGCGAAUGGUCGAAGAAGAAAGCGCGGCACGCAUAGAGGCACUUGUCCAACAGCGUGUCCAAGAAGAGCUCGAAAGACGAAAGGAUGAGAUUGAGGCUGAGGUGCGGAGACGAGUAGAAGAGGCAAGCAAAAAGAUGGAAGCUGAACUCAUGGCCGAGCUAGAGAGGCGACGGCAAGAGCAGCUCGAGAGAGAAAAGCAUCGUGAAGAAGAGGAGCAAAGAAAGCGAAUAGAGCUCGAAGCCAUAAUGGCUGAGAACAAUCGCAAAAUCGAAGAGGCGCAGAAGAAAUUGGCCGAAGAGCGACUGGCCAUGGUUGAGCAGCAACGUCUCAUGGACGAGGAGCGCCGGUGCUUGGAACGAGAGCAGGAACGGCGAAUCAGAGAAGAGCAGCGCAAAAUUCUAGGCAAGAACAAUAGUCGACCAAAGUUGUCGUUUUCUCUCAAACAGACAUGAUUUUUCUGUUUUUGGUGAAAAACUACGCAUUGAUCACUUUCUUAUUGUUAGAUGUUUGGACCCUCAAACUCCCCCAAGUAAAUUAAUAUGGCAUCGCCUGCGUAAUCAAUAAAGUUAUUGAGAUUCAUUAAUAUAUCAAGCUCUCCUUCGAAUCACUUCUUUUUAUCAAGGCAUUACUUUCACAAGCAUGCAAAAAUGGUAGUUACAUAUUCAAUGUUAAAUAAUGCAGGACACGCAGCCUUUUGCUUGUUGAAGGAAUAAAUUUAAGAAAAAAGUCAUCACUUCAUUAAUUUGGAAACUGCUAUGUUUAUUUGACUUAAUUUAAUGGACAAUGUUAUUGGCACAUUGCGCUGCAUGUAAGAAAGGAAAAUAUCUGGGCAAAUUUCUUUUUAGAAAUGCUGAGCAGUUGUUUUGAUGUGAACUAGCCAAUCGAAAAGUUGAUUCUGCUAAAGUUUCUUUGCAAUUAUCAUUAUUUUCCAAACCAAAAAUGUAAUAUAUGUGGUGGCUUGUGUAUAAUGGAGUUCUAAUGUUAAGAAACUUUCUUUAUAUCAUGUAUUUUGCAAUGUUCUUUAUACUCCUUGGCUGCAAAGCAAUUUUUUGUUUUAUGGAGCAUCAUAUUUAAGUAAGGAAAAUAAACCAACUCUUUCAUA